AUGGACAGGUUCCUAUCCAAUAGAUUCCAAACUUUGGAAACUCUAGCGGGGCUAAAGGGUACAACAACUGUGAAAGCUCCAAAGCACCAACCCGCACGGCACCACCAGGAAGCUAACACUAAAAGGCUAGGAGCCUUUCAGGCAAGCGUGAGCAAGUUCACCUGCCAAAUGUGCCAAACUAAUGAGCACAAGUUACGCAACUGUCCACAAUUCCUCAACAAAACACCUGCUGAUAGAAUCGAUUUUUUGAAAAGCAAAAAAUGGUGCCUGAACUGUCUUAGUACUGGACAUACCGUGUCAAGAUGCACAAACCCAUUUAAUUGUAUAAAGUGCCACUCGCGACACAACACGCUCCUUCAUAUUGAGACAGCUCAAACAAAGGCAACGACACUUGGGACCUCUUUGGAUUCUGCGACUAAUUCUGCAUCAACAUCCAAUCAGGCCCAAGCCAAACGCAAUUCAACAAAGUCAAACAAGCAUACAAGCAAAAACGUGAAGUCUUGCUAUGCGAAUACAAACACAGGUGUGUUAUUAGGGACAGCACGCGUCAACAUUUAUCUCAAUGGUACGAACUAUUCCGCUAGAGCACUUAUUGAUUCUGGUUCAGAGUGUUCUUUCAUUACUGAAAGACUAAAACGCAGAAUUCACUUGCCGUCAAAGCGUAUGCAUGCCCAAGUUUCGGGCAUCACUAAUACAACUACGGCGCAGGUUAAAGAAGCGUGCAACAUCGAAUUGCGGUCUCCUGUUGACCCGUUGUUCCGCUUAAAUACCUCUGUGCUCGUGCUAGCACAACUGACUGGAAAUCUUCCUACUUGCCACAUUAGUGCAGUGACUAAGCAAGCAUUUCCAGAUCUAAUUCUAGCGGAUAAACGAUUUUUCGUCAAUGAACCCGUAGACCUUGUUCUGGGUGGCGACAUAUAUCCACAAAUUAUUCUGAGCGGGCUUAAGAAAAACAUAUUAAACACACUUCUGGCCCAAGAAACAGUAUUUGGCUGGAUAAUAACAGGGCGAACUGAUACCUCGAAUCCAGGAACGAAUAUCGUCUCAUACUACAGCGAAGCUAGUCUGGACAAGCAAUUGAGUGCCUUUUGGGAGCUUGAGGAGAUUCCAAAGAACAAGAGCCUUAAUGAAGACGACAAGUACUGCGAGGAGCUGUAUCAGAAGACAACCAUACGAAAUAAUAAAGGAAAAUACAUCGUGUCACUACCAUUUAGGAAAGAUUUUCCAGGAAAUAUUUCCCUAGGCCCAUCCCUUAAAAGAGCAUGUUCUCAAUUUUACCGGAAUGAGACACGGCUGGCCAAGGAUCCCGUCCUGCAAAAGGAAUACAAUAGGGUUCUAGCGGAAUAUGAAACGCUUGGGCAUAUGUCGAAAAUAACAAAUCCCAUACCCGCAGACUCGUCUGAUAAUUAUUUUCUGCCGCACCACGCUGUUAUAAAGGCAGAAAGUACUUCAACGAAAGUACGCGUGGUGUUCAAUGCCUCAAGCCCAACGGCGAAUGGCAACAGCCUAAAUGACGUACUUUUCCCAGGACCAGUACUUCAGGCAGAUCUUCCGAUACUAAUACUCCGUUGGAGACUAUACAAAUAUGUGUUCAACAGUGACAUCGAGAAGAUGUAUAGGCAAAUUCUGGUACAUAACAACCAUACUAAGUAUCAGAGGAUUAUUUUUCGCACUAACCCGAAUGACCCGAUCAGUCUGUACGAAUUAAAGACUGUCACGUUCGGCAUCAAUUGUGCUCCUUAUCUGGCUAUAAGGACACUUUUACAAUUAGCUGACGAUGUGCAAAGCUCCCAUCCAAUAGCCUCUAACAUACUACGAAAAUGCAUGUAUGUCGACGAUGUAUUGUCUGGUGGACACACUAUCGAUUCAGCAAUAAAAGCCAGAGAUGAGAUAUCGGAAGUGUUGCAAUCAGCCGGUUUUCCACUUCGAAAGUGGACAGCCAAUAGCGAGCAAAUACUUAAUGGCAUACCAAAAACAGAUCUACUUAGCGAAGAUUUUUUGGCAUUUGAAGAUACCAGCGCAGUCAAGGCUCUUGGAAUAAGAUGGAAUGCCCAUACGGAUCUUUUCUAUUUUAUAGCAAGGCCAUUGGAGAAAAGCGAUGCUGUUACGAAAAGAGCGAUACUAUCUGCCAUAUAA